AUGUCCUCAAGAUAUUACAUAAUAAACCAUGUCGACCGAACCAGUUCCAGCGAUAUAGAAAGAAAAUGCCUAUUGAAAGACCUCCGUACCAUAUUUUGGGCUGUGGAAGAACCGCAAGAGCCUUUUAUGGAGGAAGAAGAUAUACUAAGGUUGAAUCUUGAAGUCAAAGCCCUUGACAUGACAGGGGACACGUCAACAGUACCGGAAUUCUUCAAACCGCUUCCCAGGGAAAAGCUACAGAUGCAUCCAACGGCAGAAGACGAGGAGACAAGAUGUCGUCUAAACGGUUUAAAAAAUAUCAUGACAACACCAGUAUCCUCUGCCAUCACCGUGCUGACACCCUCUGCUGCCAUCUUGCGUGGGAAUUUUGUGUCACUGGCUGACAGUUAUAGGGGAUUCUCAUAUGCAUUGUUCAAAGAACAAAAUAUGGAUACCAUAUUCAUCGAGCCAUCGCAUACAUUCAACCCAGCUGGUGCAUGGGAAGUAAAGGGAAAGUAUAAACAUAAGCCUCAUCUCAUUUUCACCAUGAAACAUGAUAUUAUUGGUGAUGUUAGACUUCUCCGAGGCGAAGUACUCGCCAUCAUUGCGGCAUUGAGGAGUCGACUGGUGCCUGACAUGUUCAAGGAGCAUCUGGUCAUCCCGGCGUACCAUGACGGUCAAAAUCUUCUCUUGCGUAAAAGUCCGCUGUUCGACUUUUCUCGAUAUGAAAUUGCGCCGUUUGAUUUAUUUGUUCGGCAUUUAGCCAGUGAGCCGGUGGAAGAGAUUAGAAUGUUCCCAAAGCAACACCAACAGCUUUUGUGCGUUCAUAGGGAAGCGUGGCUGUCUAACAGCCUUUGCCAGGAAGGAAAAAAGACCGAUGAUCAGGAGCUAAAAAUUCUCAGUGACCAUCCGGGCUCAGACAUGAUUUGA